CAUGAGACAGACCUGGCUUUUGUGCAGACACCAUGAGUGAGAAGAACUGGAUCGCCCUCCUCUUUGUCGGGAUGGGAUGCUGUGCCUUCCCACUGGCACAAUCCAGCACGACUGGUGAAUCGAACACUGAGUUGAAAGCAUACCAGCCGGCACGCCUUACAGCUGCGAUUGGAGACUCGGUCACCUUAAACUGUUUCUUCAACUACACUGGAAGCCCACAAGACACGAGAAUGGGGAAAUUCUACACAAAAGCCAAUGGGCCGGGAAUGGACGAGGCUGAGAAUGUAUCAUGCAAGCCACUCAUCUCAAAAGCAAAUCUUUUUGCUUGUGAACUGUCGUCCACCAUUACCUUCCUCCGUCCUGAGAAUGAGACUGUUUACUACUGUGAUGUAUGGAUUCCAAGGCCACAAGGCACCAUUCAGGUGACAGGCAAUGGGACAAUCAUUUCUCUUUACUACAAGGCCACCUCCAUAUCAAUCCAAGUGCCCCUGCCACUAGUGUCAGGAGAGGAGGCGAUACUGGUCUGCAGUGUGUCUGGGUUCUACCCUCAGGACCUGUCGGUGCUCUGGUUCCACAGAGGUCAGCAAGUGUCACACAGCAGCAUCAGCAAUCACAUCAGCAGGAGCCACAAUGGCACGUUCUCUCUGCGCAGUCAGUACAGGUUCAAAGCCACAGUGGCGGACAACAUGGCAGAAUGCUGCUGCAAGGUCUCUCACCCAGCCGUGGGAUGGGAGAGAGCCACCAGCAUCAUUCUCGGCGUAAAUUGUGAGUCUCGAGUGGGUGACGCUCCAGUUUCGAUGCGAUGGCAUGAAUGGCGGAUGCUAACCAUCUUCCUCCUUUCCCUUCUCCUUCCAGAUGCACCCAGCACUGUUAAUGUGACUUCUCACUCGCGGCUUGUGAUUAAUGCCACGUUGCUUCUAGAGGUGGGGUCCCCACUGGACGUGAUCUGCUCUGCUGAUGGGAACCCCAGUCCUGAGAUACACUGGCUGACAGGGAGCAGAAGUGUGUGGAACAGCAGAGAGACUCUCCAGCUCACCGCAGUGCAGAAAGAACACCAUGGGGUAUACUGGUGUGUGGCAAAGAACCAAUAUGGGGAGAGGAACACCAGCAUCACUCUGGUGGUGUUCCAGAGCGAGGCAUCCCUGGGAAAUCCUGGGUUGAUUGCACUUUGUGGCCUGGCUGUUGUUUCGAUCCUCUCGGUUCUCGUAACCAUUGGCUGUGUUCUCAAAAAGAGUAAGAACAGAAGCAGUGCCGAAGCCCUCACAGGUGUCAGUCAACACAGCACAUUUUCUCAUGAGGGACUGGCUGCAUCUCCAGAUGAAAUCUAUUCUGUUCUAAACAUCAGCACUAAAAGGUCAAAGCAACAGAAUCCAGCUCCCCAGAAUGUUGACACAUCACAGCUCGUCUAUGCAGAAAUCAUGUUCCCUUUUGCAUCUAGGAAGAAGAAUGUGAUGGCAGUUGAUGACUCUUCGUGUGACAGCACAGUCAUUUAUGAUCAAGUAAACACAAGAAGCUCUGCCAGGAGGAACAGCCAGCAGAAGUCAUUGCGAAGUGGCUGUGACCUGGACAUGGUGCAGGAACAAAUGCACUGAGGCCUGCCGGUUACUUAUGAAGCCCUUUCCUUGUAUUGCUGUCACCACAGACCAAUGGGACCAGAGGAGCCUCAACAUAUGAACUACAUCUUCCUGACUCCCUGUCUGUACUCCUGUCAUUGGCUAACCUUGCUUUGCUCCAUCUCAUCUCAUCUAAGUGUAUAAGGGCAGGAAGUGAGCAGUUAAAAGGAAAAGACCUCUCCCAGUAACACCAGGAAAAGAUAUCCCUUUUUGGAUUGCUGAGUGAUAAAAACUAUCACUACAUACGAGAAAACUGUCCUUUUUGUACAAUAGUCAUUUCAAGGUUUUGGGUGCUUAAACAGCAUAUAAAUUGCUGAGAGUUCACUUGGGCCUCCACAAUGUGGAAGACUAUUUGAAGUUUUUCAUGACUUUUGCUCAUCUCAUCAUACCCUGGAUGUAUGAAAUAAAGUGGGUUAUUCAUUAUUUCAUAAAAAAUAGAUUUCAAAGGAUUCAUUGUAGUUACCGUUACUCUUUUGUUGAUUUCAAGAGAUAGAGAGUUCCCAGUGCAUCUGAAACUGCAUGUGGAACCUCUUACUUUCUUGCUGUGCUUUCGAUCAUCUAAAAGCUAUUUGCCCAAGCUUUCAGUCUCUGCUGAAUGUAGGCUGUACACGUUUUGGACAGCCAUUUGUUGAUUUUAUCUCUAGUGCUGUGUAGAUGUAUGCUACAAUGCAUAUAUUUCCAUUACAUAAAUUGACCCAAAUAAUAUGCACCCUAUUAUUUCAAAAGUCAAAUAAAUAAUUAAAAAGAACUACAACCCAGUGACAAUGUGUAGGAUCCUACAACAGUGGACCAAAUUGGCUGAGGAUAAGGGUGGGUAGGUCAGUAAUGGUUUCCAAGUCAUUACAUUAAAUUCAUUUACAUUACAUUUACAUACACAAUCUUACAGUGUCACUGCUUGCAGGCAUACUUUGAUUCCUAUAAGAUGCCUAUAAGGUACUUGGAUGAUGUGGAGUCUAUCAGUGGAGCCUAUCCUCCAGUGAGUUCCUACUCUACUCUAGCACUUUGCACCUUAUAGUGUAAAAAUAGCCAUUGGCUGCAUUCAGGUGUAUAGGAGGACUUCAGCACUCAAUUCAGCAUUCCUGCAUAACGGAAAUUAACUAUGAACAAGAACUUCAGCUCAUUAUAUUAAUAUAUAAAAUCAAAUCUUAG